AUGACGAAUGCUCUGUCUGUAGCCGAACUGGCCAUCUAUAUUGCCCUCGCCUUCCCGACAGUAUAUCUCAUCAUCAAACAUGGACGUCAGGGCUUGCUUGGGUGGCUUUUCCUUUUCAUAUUUUGCACUUUGAGGAUCAUUGGAAGUGCAUUGGCAAUCAACAACGCCAGUCCCACCGCGAGUAUCAUCUCUAGUGUCGGACUGUCUCCUCUCCUUCUCGCGGCAAGCGGUAUUCUGCAUGAAGCUCGCAUCUAUCGCAUAUCAGGUCUCGAUCAAAAGCUUGAAUGGGCCCUAUCGCUCUUCUAUCACAUCUUUGUCAUUGGCGGCGUCGCUCUGACUGCGGCUGGAUCUGCAAAGCUGCAAAAGCACCAGCAACCAAUUGAGAAAGCAGAAAAUAUUGUCAAAGCAGGCAUUUCAAUUUUGACAAUCUGCUGGGCAGCAUUGGUCGGGGGAACUUUCAUCUCGUUUGUUACGCCUGCGAGGAAAAGCGCCGGUGGUCGCGCUGGCACAACAUUGCUAAAGACUAUUUCAUUUGCUCUUAUAUUCAUUGGCAUUCGCGUCUUCUACAGCCUCGUCUACCUGUGUACUCAGAAGCAAAAUCUCAACCCGACUACUGGCUCGCUCGCCACCCGCGUGAUUUUGGGCUUCUUGGUUGAGCUUAUUCCUGUCAUUUGCUUGAUUGUUGCUGGGUUCAUAACGCAAAGUGCAUCUAGGAAUUACCGUCAAGAAUGCGAGUUGCCAAUUGCUCAUAAGUCCCCUUCUCCGGUGUCUGUAUCGCAAACUUGA